UAAACGUAGUAACUAGUUCUUAAUCUGUGGGAAAGAACAUAAAAUGAGAGUCUCCUCCCGUCAAGCGCGGCUAAUAAAGGUACCAAAAGGGUGGGAGCACGGAGGGAGACAGCCCUCAUGCGCUGUAAUGAAGCAAACAAUGACAAGGUGGAGUGGCUGAUGCUGGUCGCUGAAGGCAACCAUAAGCCAAACCUGUGGAGCCAAGCAUGAGUGACCCUGCUGCAAGCAAGGGCAGAAGGGUUGAUCUUUCCGCAGCAUGGGAGAAAAAUGAGCAGUUCCGAGGAGGUCUCAUGGAUAGAUUGGUUUUGCAACCUUCGCGGAAAUGAAUUCUUUUGCAAGGUGGAUGAGGACUAUAUAAGUGAUAAAUUUAACCUGACAGGCCUCAGUGAGCAAGUACCUCUAUACACAAAGGCUGUGGACAUGAUAUUAGAUUUAGAACCUGAUGACGAUGUAGAAGAUAAUGCAGGUUAUUCGGGGCAACUUGAGCAAGCUGCGGAAUUGCUAUAUGGAUUAAUACAUGCCAGAUAUAUAUUAACUAACAGAGGGGUCAGUCAAAUGUUGCAGAAGUAUCAGUCAGGUGACUUUGGUAACUGUAUAAGAGUGUACUGUGAAUCACAGCCUAUGCUACCUAUAGGUCUCUCGGAUUUGCCCGGUGAAGCGAUGGUGAAGCUCUACUGUCCGCGCUGCAUGGACGUGUACUCGCCGAUCGCGUCGCGUCACCACCACACGGACGGCGCCUACUUCGGCACCGGCUUCCCGCACAUGGUCUUCAUGGUGCACCCGGACUGCAGGCCGCAGCGGCCCACCUCCCAGUUCGUGCCCAGAUUAUACGGUUUCAAGAUCCACUCCCUCGCGUACCAGAUCCAACUGGCGGCGGCAAGCAAGAGGUCCUCGCUCCGUAAGCACAACAAUGGUAAACGUUAGAAACGCAACGAGCCGCGAGGCCGCGCCUACGAACGAGCCUUCUAGAAUUUACUGGUUAUCGUAAAAUAAUUAAAUUCAAAAAAAGAAUUCGAAUUCAUUUUUGAAAUGAGAAUGUGGGGAAUGUGAAAAUGUGAUUGGAUUAACAAUUAUUGUAACAAUUAUCAAGAUGUCGUAUAAAAUAACAUGGAUCGAGUUAAAUUGUUUUCCAAAUGUAUCGAUAAAUAACAAUAUCAACCUUUGGUAAAAGGCAUCGUUACAAUAAGUCCAACGAUAUGUUGCCUCAAUUAAUUAUUUAUCAUUUUUUUUUUGUAUAGAUUUAGAACCGAUAGAUUGUAAUAUUCGUUGUUAAGAUAUUAUUAAAUAAAUAAAUAUGGGUGAAGCA